UGCCAUUGGGGAAUCUGGCGUCGUACCUUCCCUCGUUCCCACUGCCCCGCCAACCCCUCCAUCGUGUGGCGUAAACACUGUGGCGCGAGCUGCACACGAGUCAGCAUCGCCUGACGAACGAAUGCAGGAACGACCAAACAACAUCCCGCUGCGUCACGCACCUCCCCAUCGCUCCUUCUAAUGGCCUCGACAAACGGGCAAGAGGUCCCCCCACCCCUGCAAGACAUCCCCACGGCGAAAGAGAAAAAGUACGACCGGCAACUGCGGCUGUGGGGGGCGGCGGGCCAAGUGGCGCUGGAAGAGUCGCACAUCCUCCUCCUCAACAGCGGGGCCGGGGUGACGGGGGUGGAAACGCUCAAGAACCUCGUCCUGCCCGGCAUCGGCCAGUUCAGCAUCCUCGACUCCGCCAUCGUCACCGAAGCGGACUUGGGCGUCAACUUCUUCGUGGAGGAUGCGUCGCUCGGCCGGUUUCGCGCGGCGGAGACGGUGCGGAUGCUGGAGGAGCUGAAUCCGGGGGUGAAGGGGCAUGCGAUCACGGAGACGGUGGACACGUUCUUUGAUGUUGGCAAGGGAGAGGUGGCGCCUUUUCAGCCGUAUAAUCUGAUCAUCGUCGCUGCACCGAUCGAGCCGACGUGGUUGACGCAUAUCCUGCAUUGCGCGCAGGCGUUGCACAUCCCCGUCUUCUACCUGCAUUGCGUCGGAUAUUUCUCGUCAUUUGCCGUGACGUUACCCCCGGCAUUUCCCAUCGUCGACACACACCCGGACCCGACGGCCACCACCGACUUGCGCUUACUCAAGCCAUGGCCCGCACUCGCGCAGUUUGCGGCGGAGAAGACGGCGAUGUUGAACGAGAGUGAGAGCAGCAUGGGAGAAGAGGAUGACGCGACCAGUAAGGAGAGGGAAGCAGCAAAAGCCAGGCGCGCCCACGACAAGGCCCACAUCCCCUACCUCUGCCUCCUCCUGCACUACCUCGAGCAGUGGAAACAGUCGCACGACGGUAACGUCCCUGCCACGUACAAAGAGAAGACCGCCUUCCGCAACCUCGUCCGCGCCGGCGACUACAACGAAGAAAACUUCGACGAAGCCUGUACCGCCGUCCUGCGAGCACUGAACCCUCCCACCCCACCUUCCUCCAUCCUCGACAUCCUCUCAGCGCCCGAAACCCACAAUCUCACACCCGAAACUCCAGCCUUUUGGCUUAUAGCAAACGCGAUCAAUCAAUUCUACACCAAACACAACCAACUCCCCCUACCCGGUUCAGUCCCGGACAUGAAAGCCGAAUCCUCCGUCUACGUCCAGUUGCAGAAUAUCUACAAAUCGAAAGCCCGCGACGACAGCGCCGAAGUGCUGGCGACCGUGCGGGAGCUGGAGAAGGAAACGAAUCGGCCACAACAUCUCGCCGUCGACGCGAAGGAGGUGGAGAAUUUCUGCAAGGGGGCCGCGCAUAUCCAUCUCGUGCGCGGUCGGGCGUUUCAGACGGCGCAGUCGGAUGCCUCGUUGCGUUUUGGCGAUGGGGCGAAGGUGUUGGCGAUGGAACUGAGCAUGCCGGAGAGUUUGGUGGGACUGCACCUGGCGUUUUUGGCGUGGGAUAGAUAUAUCGCCACUCACUCCACCUCCGCCGCGCCGGAAGUGGGCGGCGAGCGUCUCAGAGUCCCCGGCGGCGCUACUACAUCUGGCGCCGACGACGACGACGAAGCCUACGAAGCCGACGUGGCGAAAGUCACCUCCAUCGCGCACACCCUCCUCGACCACUUGAUCACCGAGUCCGGGACGGGAUUUCUCGAGGACCCCGAGUACAGCGAAGCUCGGGAGCGAGUGGGCAAGUUCGUCAGGGAGCUUGUGAGGGCGGGCGGAGGGGAGUUGCAUAAUGUUGCUUCGGUCACGGGGGGGUUGGUGGCGCAGGAGGUGAUCAAGGUGGUCACGAGGCAGUAUGUGCCGGUCGAGGGGGUGUGUUUGUUUGAUGGGGUGCAGGGGAGGACGCAGGUGCUUAGGGUAUGAGUCGACUCUUACGCCGGAAGAGGGUGCAGAGGCGCAGAUGGGAUCGGUUGGAUGAGGGGUGUUAUGCGCUCCGGCGUUAUGGUUGCUG